AUGGAGCAAUUUGUGAAGAGUGGAAACACCUGUCCUGCUUGGGAACAUGAAAUUAUCUCACCUUUGAUCGCUGCAUUGCCUUUUUGGUUCCGGCUGUGGCAAUGUGCAAGGCGCUUUUGGGACACAGGUCAGAAGCGCAACUUGCUGAACUUGGGAAAGUACACCUCGAGCUUGAUUGUGGUGAUAGUAAGUACCCAAGCAUGCCCCAAGUGGCUGGUCGUUCUGGCAUCAGCGGUGGCCACGGCGUAUGCUGCAUGGUGGGAUAUUUGUAUGGAUUGGGGUCUCACCUUCGGAGACCUUUGCUUCUUAACAGGAGCACGCCGAUCCAGUGGAGCUGGAGGAACCUCACACUCAAGCCCUGCAAGUAGCUUCGACGCUGGACUCAACUCACCUGUACCAGGAUCACCUGUACAAUCCUUUGCUGGCAUGAAUGUGCGAAUGGGGCCUGGCAGACAAGCUGACGUAGUCUUCCGUGAGAUCCUACACGUCUUCAUGACUGUGGCGGAGAUUUUUCGCCGAAGCUUCUGGGCUAUUCUGCGGAUCGAGUAUGAGCAGGUGGCCAAUGCCAGUGGAUAUCGGGCACUUCUUUGGGUGCCAAUGAAGGUGGGCCAGAAAGUGAAUGAGCCAAGAGAGCCAAGACGACCUCGCGCCGGGACGGCCGGGAGCAGAUCCACACAGCAAACUCUUCUCGAGUAA